AAGAGAGAAAAGGAGGCGGGAAAGGGAAAGAGUAGAACAGAACUUCACGCAGAGGCCAGGAAAGGAACUCAGUUUUGAGUCAGAUACAAAGACCUCCUGUGUGGUUUAGCAGGAACAGAGACCAGAAAAAAUGGGGAUUUGCAGGAAAAAGAGACACUCAACAGAGGAGAAAGAGGCCGUUUUCCUGAGAAAGAAAAUCACCCUCACCCGGGCUAUUGCAUUGGCUGUGGGCACCAUGGUGGGUAGUGGGAUCUUCAUUUCUCCCAAAGGGGUGUUGAAAAACUCAGGCAAUGUGGGAAUCUCAUUACUCGUGUGGCUGGCUUGUGGGAUCCUGUCUCUGUUUGGUGCUCUGAGUUACGCAGACCUGGGCACAAGCAUCACAAAGUCUGGGGGACAUUACAUCUACCUUCUGGAGACGCUUGGGCCCUUGCCAGCCUUCCUAAGAUUAUGGGCUGAAUUCGUUAUGAUCCGGCCUGCAAAUAUGGCUGUGGUGUCCCUGGCGUUUGGUCGCUAUCUAAUAGAGCCUUUCUUUGCCCCGUGCAAUGUUCCUCCCCUGGCUGUGAAAUUGAUCACUACAACUGGAGUCACUCUAGUAAUAGCUCUGAACUGCUGGAGUGUUAGCUGGUCAGCAAACAUACAGACAGUGCUGACUGCCCUCAAGAUGGUCACUAUUGGCCUCGUUAUUGUUCCUGGGAUGAUGGCUCUUGGAAAUGGUCACUAUGAAAAUUUCCAUGAUAGCUUUGACACAACUUCAUUGGUAAUUGAAAAGCUGCCUCUUGCUUUUUAUUCUGGGAUGUUUGCCUAUGGUGGAUGGUUUUAUCUAAAUUUUGUAACUGAAGAAAUUGUGAAUCCUAAACGAAACAUCCCACUGGCUGUCGUGAUAUCCUUGACUGUUGUCACAGUUGGUUACCUCCUUACUAACGUGUCUUACUAUGCAAUCCUGACACCACAAGAAAUCCUCAACUCGGAUGCAGUAGCUGUAAGCUUUGCUGAUAAGGGUUUCAAGAGCAUUUCCUCUGUGAUCCCAGUCCUUGUAGCUCUGUCAUGUUUUGGAGCUUUGAAUGGAGGAAUUUUUGCUGCUUCAAGGAUGCUGUUUGCAGCUGCAAGAGAAGGACAGUGGCCAGCUCUGUUUUCAAUGAUACACCUUCAAAGGCACACUCCUCUCCCAGCACUGAUAUUAAUGUUGCCAUUGAUUUAUGUGAUGGUGUCCAUUGGUGACCUCUAUGGGUUGCUGAACUUCUACAGCUUCGCACGCUGGCUCUUUAUAGGACUUGUCACACUAGGCCUCAUGAUACAUCGGUACCGGCAUCCAGAAGUACCAAGACCAUUUAAGGUACCCCUGGUUAUCCCACUGGUGUUUACCAUAGCCUGUUUCUUUAUUGUGGGGAUGUCACUAUAUUCAGAUCCUGUGAACACCAGUAUAGGCUGUGCUAUAACUCUGUCUGGCUUGCCUGUUUAUUAUCUGGUGGUUCAGAAAACUAGAAUACCAAGAUGUUGCACAUCCAAAUUCAAUGCCAUGACAGUGAAACUGCAGAUCCUAAUGAAAGUGGCUCACCAGGAAGUCCAGACUUACUGAAGGAAUUGUGACACUGAGCAAGGAUAACAGCAUUAUAUAAAAAAAACUUUCAAGGUGCCUUCACAACAGUUUCUAAGGGCGCUCCUCAAAUCGAACAGUGAGGAACGUAUCUCCAAGCCCCUUGUGAUGAAGCAGAGAGAAAUGUGAUGUACCAUUCUUUUCUAACAAAGCAUUGUAUCUUUAUUUUUGAAAAGGAGCAAAUAUUCAACAGCUUCAACAAAGACAUUAUAGUUUUGCUUAUUUUGGACGUUUUUUCAGAUACUAAAGCAGAUUAAUUGGCCAAACUAAUGUACAUACUAAAUAUUAUACGAUAAUAAAACCUGCUGGCCAGGGAGGAAUGUUGUUUCCCUUACGUCUGAAUAGGAAGUGGAAAACUAAACUUUAUCUCUAUAUGCUACAAAUACGAGUAAAGGGAAUGUUGCCUAAAUACAGGCCAUCAGGUCAUUCUAAGUAGUCCUAUACAUUCACUGAUUUCCCAUAGGAAAAGGCAAGGAAAGACAAAACUAGCUCCAGAUAUUACUAAACACAAUAUUAAAAAUAAAAAGAGAUUCCACCUAAACAUUAGGAAAAACUUUUUAAUGCAAGAGCAGUUCAACAGCAGAACAGAUUCCUUUGGAGGGUGAUGGACUCUUCAUCUUUUUGAGGUCAUUAAAAGGGUUUGGAUUGUCAUCUUUCUGAUGUUCUUUAGUGGUAUUUUUUCCACAGCAGAGGACUUGGAUAGAUGGUUCUUGUGGUCCCUUCCAACUCCAAAAUUCCGCUAGUUUGAUCUAUUUUGGGUUCUAAAAAAAAUCUUUAUAACAAAUGAAGCUUAUAGUGCUGGAAAAUGAUAAACUUCCAAUGUACAUGCUUAGAAACAUGUUGUUAAGUAUUAUAAGCAUAAACAUAGGGCUGUUUCACUUUGAGCCAAGGAGGUUCUGGAUGAGGUUUUGCAUUUAGCAGCACUCUGUCUUGGAAGCACCUUCAGAAUAUUAAGGCACACGGCACUCUGUUGGAGGCCCCUAUUAAUCCUUGAAAGUCAGGAAGCAAAAGAGUAAGGCAGGGAGCCUUCUGAACCUAACAUCAUUGUCAAGAGGCUUGAAUUUCUCCCAGGUGUUAGCUGUAAAUCUAAUCUGUUUAAUACCCCAAUUAUACAGUUGGCUCUCUCAAAAGUACACUGGGAUUGUAUUUCAUGUAGACAGGUGCAAAGCAGGGCAAGCCCUGAUAAUUUAGACUACUUGUCAAAUUAAUCUUUUUUAAAGUUAAAAAAACAGUAACUCCUAGUUGGCUUAGCCUACACAUUCAGGAAUUCUGGAAGUGAACAUUAUUUGGAUGUUUACUCAUAAUUUCUGUUAAAUCAGCAUCAAGUUAUGGCAACCGUCUGAAUGAGAACCUUCCCCUGUCAUCAACAAUGCUAUUCAAAUCCUGCAAACUCGAGGAUCCCAUCAACCUGUAAUGCAGUCUUCCUCUUUUCCAACUGCCUUCCACUUUACCAAGCAUCACCAUCUUUUCUCAUCAUUCAGAUUGUCUCAUGAUAUGGCCAAAGGAUGAUGGCCCCAGUUUAGUCGCUUUGAGAUGUUUCUAAAAUACACAAAACCAACCAAUGUCAUUUUGUGGAUAUAUUAUUACUGAAGUUCUCACAUAAGGAAUAAAAUCACAAAAAGGAUCAGAGAAA